GUGGCGCAGCACGGAGAAUCAGUCCUCUGCAGUGAACAAGAUACUUUUGAUAUUUUUCAACAUCGAAGUAAUAUUUCGAAGACUUGACGUUACUUUUAAAGAAGCAAACUCUCCCUGACUGAGCGCUCAAAGCGCUGUCUGGAUACCUGCGCUGUGCGUUUUCCUGCUCGACCGCCUCACCUCCACCAAACCGUAAAGAUCUGGCAAGGAUGGAUCAGCUCUGAUUACAUUGUCAUGACACGCAGACUCUCGGUUCACAGCGGGGAGCAGAGGGUUAUGACUCUAUCUUAACGGGUUUCUUUCCCAGUCGCGCUUUUGUUGUUGUUGUUGUUUCCCCAGCGCAGAAAUGGGUUCGGAGAAGCCAAACUUUCUCUCGCAGCCCGUGGUGAAAAACGUGUUCAUGUUCCGGAACGGAGACCCUUACUACGAGGCGCGACGGAUAGUUAUCAACGAGAAGAGAGUGGGUAACUUCGAGACGCUGCUGCGAGAGGUGACCGGCGGGAUACAGGCUCCGUUCGGGGCGGUGAGGAACAUCUACACGCCGAGAGGGGGCCACAAGGUGGACUGCAUGGAGAGCCUGCAGAGCGGGGAGCAGUACGUCGCAGCGGGGAAAGAGAAAUUCAAAAAGCUUGAUUAUCUCGAUAUUGGGACCCGGAAGAAGAGGAUGAUGCAGACACUGCCGGCUCAGGCCAGACCACUCCCACAAAAUCGAAUCAUUGUGUCGGCACGAUUUCUAAAACCCAUCAAAGAACCAUGCAUAAUAUUUGUCGUCGCAAACGGUGAUAUGUUGAACCCUGCAAUGAGACUGCUGAUCCACCAGAGGAUGAUGGACCAGUUUGAACGAAUACUAGAAAUGAUUACAGAAAAGAUGGGCUUGCGAGUCCUGGGGGGUGUACGAAGUCUCUACACCUAUGAAGGCCAUCAGGUGACUGAUGGGAGUAAGCUGGAGUGCGGGCAGCUUUACGUGGCUGUGGGCAGAGAGAGAUUUAAGAAGCUUCCAUACAGUGACCUUCUCUUCUCUAGGCCCAAAGGAACAAGAAGGAUCAGAGGAAUGAAGGCUCAUUCUUUACCACCCAUCUAUCGAUUCUCAAAACGGAGUGGAAAUAGUAAAUCCACAAUUCGUUCCAGCGACAGUGGAGAUGGGGAUUCCAAAGCCUCUCCUCCAAACCACUGCGGCAACAACAAGGAACACCUGAGCUCUGCUGUAAGAGAAAUGUCCCAGGCGAGGCUGCUCGCGCUCAGGAACAAGAAAAGUGGACAAAGCAUCACGGCCGACUCACCAGAUAACGAUGACAGAGAACCACAGGCUGACAGUGAAAACACAGAGCGCAAAACCUCCCAAGAUCAGAGAUCUGAAGAGAAAUCUGAUGCAUCCGAUGGCCAAAGGACUUCAAAAGAGGACAGUGAAAAUACUGAAGAGGAACCCUGUUCAGAAAACGCCACAGAAACAGAUGGACCCACGAGCAAAGAUGACAAGGACCAGAUCCAAGACACAAAUGUUGCAAAAGAAGAAGAGGAGAAGAAGGAAGCUGAUGAGCAAAAUAAUGAAAAAGAAGGAGAAGGUACUGCAAUAAAUGAGCAGAAGGUGGGGGAAGUUAAAGUGAAGGAAGAGGUCAUAGAAGAGAGUAAGACUGAGGUUAAUAUUGAGGAUCAGGCGUCCACUAGCACUCCCGUUGAUGAUAAGCCCCAGGACAAUAAAGAGCUAAAAGAAGAUUCAACUACAUCCUCUGAGGCUAAGAAAGAGCAAGACGAUGAUACAGAAGAAGAUAAGCAAGAGAGAGCUGGAGGUAAUGGAGAGGAAAGCUGCAAUGGCCACAGUAAUGAAGCAGACACGGGGGAGGCACGAAAGGAGACAGAAAACGGCAACAUGCCUGACGAGACUCAGUCGGAUAACGAGAAAAAAGGAAGCGGAGCUACUAGAAGCAGCAGCAGGACCAGUAACCAGGAGGAAGAUGUCAUCAAAUUAAAAGAUGAGGCUCCCAUUGAGGAAGGAAACGAAGAGAAGAUUAACAGAGAGGGGAGUGGGAAGGUAGAAACUCAAGUAGAGCCGGAAAAUAAAGAGAGAGAUUAGCGAAGAAAGAGAAAAGGAAACUCUAAAACUAAAAUCAGCAUUUGCAGACAGGAAUAAUAAAAAAGAAAAAUAAUACCACAAUUAAUGGAACUGUGCUUUGAGAUUCCCAUUGAGUUUUCAAAAAGAAAAGUUCAUAACUAUAAGCAGAUAAAGUCUUUCAAUGCCUUUGAUUAACUUCUACAGACACAGCUAAACCAAUGAAAGCUACUGUAUUGUGAUAUUUAUUUUGCAUAUUAAUGAAUAUGGUUAAUUCUUAAGGUGCUUUGUUUCAUGAAACAAUCUGUUAGGUCUAUUAGUUUUGAGAAAGAUGAUGUUAACAUUAUGAUGAACAUAAACUUUGUGAACUCCUGUAGGCAUCUAAACAGCCAACAUGGUCUGACAAUCUUGUAUUAUUGCUACAUCCUCACUGUAUAGUCAAAGAAUAAAAUCUAUUUAUUUACUUAUUUAUAUUUGCCAGAUAUCUGAAGAAUAAAACUGCAUAAAACAAGAAAAUAUAUAUUUUUUGACUCAUGUUAAUGAUUGAUUUUCAUAUUUCAUGGCCAGUGUGUGACUGCUGAGUUUCACUAAUGUUGACACUUUUUUGGAGGAGUCCUAUUUCUUCAUUGUACCAUCUGCUUUUUUCCAAGUACCACCAUAUGCAAAUAUUA